AUGCCAAUCCCCACCUACGACCAGACCAAAUCCUCCAACGAAACCCGCCCCUCCGGCUCCGCAGGCCACGCCUCCAUCGAAGCCCUCUCCGGCAUGGAACACAACAGCAGCGGCCGUCUCGUGGGCACUGGCUCCGGCGGCAUGGUGACGGCCCCGGGAUACAUUGCGGCGGAGAACUCCGAUCUUUUGGAGAAUGCGGGGAGUGAUCGGGCAUUGAGUAAGGAGGAGGCGGAUCGGUUGUAUGAGGAGAGGAUGGAGGACGAGUAUGCGAAGAGGGAGGGGGUGUCAUCUUCCGCUGGUCAAUUCCACCUACUUCCGCAGGAUUGCUGGGAAGAAAUCCUCGAAUACCUCCCAUUAGAUGACCGGUCCAGAGUUUUAAAGACCUGCAGGGCCUUACGGGCUUCUGCUGAGCCUUCUCUAUACCGAAGAAUUACCAUAGACUGGGACACGCCUCGUCUCCGCACACCACUCCAACUCUUGCGUACCUUCUUCGCAAGGCCGGAAUUAGCAUACUUUGUGCAUCAUGUGGCGUUCUUUCGGCAGUAUAUCAUAAAUUGCGAAUGGAACGAAUGGGGGCAGUUGUCGGACUGGCCCCGAGAACAGACUGUUUUCAUCGACGUGGUGGAUAAAACAAUCGACACCAUUCAGCGAGCUCAAUUUCCCGAUGCAGAUGAGUGGAUUCAGGCGGUCUACGAGGGGGAUCCCCAUAUUUUCUGGACGCUUUGUAUCUCCAAGCUCCAUAAUCUGAGGACGCUUCGCUUGGAUUACUCCUUCGUUUGGCAAGGUGGGUAUCCUGGUCGGAUGGUGAAGCAUGCACUUCUAGAGUCAUUGCCGGAUAACAUAAUGUCGCGGUUUGAGGCACUUCAGCUGGUUGAUUAUGGUGGAAAUGUGCCGCUUCCAGGGGGAUGGGAUCCGGAGUUAGGGGUUUUGGAGGAGACAGAAGGGUAUCCGUCCUUCUACAACAAAGAGCAGUUCAUAGGGUGGUUUUGUUUACCGGCGCUUCAACAUCUGGCUAUUUGGCUGAGAGAGACCACAGAACUACAACAAACACGGCAAACAGAAUUCAACUGCAAUCUUGGAAACCUACGAACCCUGGUAUUGGCCCGGUCAACUAUUACAGAAGAGGAUGUCCUGUUUCUUCUCAGUCAGGCAAAGUCUCUCAGGAGCCUUCACCUGGGUCUAGCACAUUCAUUGUUCAAAGAGAGAAAAUAUGAAUUCGUCGUCCAGGCACUGGAUUCAGUCAGCGACACCGUAGAGAAACUGUCUGUUGGCCUUGACUGCUACCCCCGCGUCUCUGAAGAUAACCUUAGUGACGAAUACCGCAAAGCGCUAUACAAGCCAUUCCUCGGAUUUCUAAAGAACUUCCAUCGUCUGCAAAGUGCCGAGAUCCCGAUAACCAUGCUUUUGGGAUACAACCCAAGUGAUGGAAUCGACCUACGCUCCGUUCUGCCAGCAACGCUGCUCGAACUGGGACUCAGAGAUGAUCUGAGUUUAUCCUAUCAUUACUGGGUGCAGUUAACCAUUCAUGAGCGUGUGCAGGAUUUGCUUCCUGUCCACAGAGAGGUGACCCCGUUCCUGUCGCGUAUUUAUCUUCGAAUAUGCAGCGGCGACUACUAUGUUGGCUAUGAGGCGCAUGAGAAGGAGUUGCAUUUUAUCUGUACAGAGGCUGGGAUUUGCCUGGAUUUUGUGUUUGAUGAACUUGGCCCUGGUUUUGGGCCAUGUUCGUACUUUGAGUUGUAG